CCUUCGCUACCCGUCGCUACCCUCUUACGUUAUCAAAUCUCUUUUCACUUCUAAAUCUAUAUCUAUAUAUAUAUAUCUUACGAUCUAUUAUUAUUUAAUAAUACAAACAAUUUUCAUGGCUGAUUCUUCUGCUGCUUACAUUCACAUGGUACAACACUUGAUCGAAAAGUGUUUGAUCUUCCAUAUGAAUAAAGAUGAGUGUAUCGAAGCUCUCUCCAAACAUGCUAACAUCAGUCCCGUAAUCACUUCUACUGUGUGGAAGGAGUUGGAGAAAGAAAAUAGGGAAUUCUUUGAAGCUUAUUCAGAAUGUAAGGGGAGAAAUGAUAGAAUAUUGGCUGAAGAAGAGACAAGGAAGUUAAUCCAAAGGAUGAUGAUGUCUAAACAUAGUGAUGAAUAAGCUAAAUAUUUGAUCUAUACACAUGCAUGCACCAAAUUUAACUGGUGAUUAUGACUUUUUCA